AUGCAAGCCCGGUUACAGAGUCAGGAAGAGCAGAUCUGUCUUAUGAAACAGCAGGCUCCGUCAGGGAGUGAUGCACUUAUUAUGCCAUUUGUUGUGGCACUAGUUGUACAGACACCUGAGGUUGGGAACAGACCAUUCCUCGUAAUAGCUAAUGCACUCAUUAACUGUAGGAAUGGUCUCAUGAAAAUCUCUUUCGGGAACAUGACUCUAGAAGUGAAUGUUUUCCACAUCGGCAAACAACCACCUGACAACGAUGAGUGUUUCCAAUCCUAUCUGAUCGAUACACUUAUUUCGGAAGAGGUCGAAUCGAAAUACACAUCUAUUCCAACUGCAUGGAGUGCAAAAGAUAAACGUAAAUUUUUGGUCGAGGUUCGUAACUUUUAUUGGGACGACCCAUAUCUUUUCAAGUAUUGCUCCGACCAAAUUAUGAGACGUUGCAUUCCAGAUGAUGAAAUUUUUAGUGUUCUGAACUUUUGUCAUAAUGAAGCUUAUGGUGGUCAUUUUUCUAUGAAAAAGACUGCUGCAAAAAUCUUACAGUGUGGUCUUUAUUGGCCCACUUUGUUCAAAGACACUAACAAUUUCUGUCGAUCAUGUGAAAGGCGUCAAAAAUUAGGUGCCCUGUCCCGACAACAUAUGAUGCCAUUAAUCCCAAUUCUUGUAAUAGAAAUAUUCUAUUGUUGGGGGAUAGACUUUAUGGGACCAUUUCCAUCUUCUUUUGGCUACCUUUACAUUCUCCUCGCCAUAAACUAUGUCUCAAAAUGGGUGGAAGCUGUGCCUUGCCGAAAUAAUGAUAACACAACUGUUGUGAAAUUCUUAAAGGAAAAUGUGUUAUCUAGGUUUGGCACACCUCGCGCUAUCAUAAGUGAUCAAGGCACCCAUUUUUGCAACUAUUCUUUCGAGACGUUAAUGAAAAAAUAUGGUGUAAUUCAUAAGGUUGCAUUGCCUUAU